AUGAACAUAUUCGGUGAAUCAGAGGAAGAAGAUAAUAAUCCAUUUGCAGGCACAAAUCAUUUAUAUGCUUCUGGAAUUGCUGCUGUGGCCGAUGGAGAGGAUGAUUUUAUCCCUAAAGGAGCAACAAUAUAUGAUGAGAUCAACAAAGACAAUGAUGAAGGUGAGGAUAUUGAAACGGGUAGCCCUGUAGACUCACCCAUCAAUAGUUUUACACAAAAUACUAUGAAGCAUGAUUUGAAGGAACAAGAGAAAGGAAUGAACUCUUUUGAAAACGCUGCUCCCACAACAAGUACAAAGUUUGAACCAUAUGUUUCGUUGACAAUGUCAAUGGCUAUAGGUUCCAAUGGCCAGAACUCUGCCGAAACACCAGAUAUAAAUAUCACAGAGGCUGGCGAUUAUAAGGAUCCAUGGGGAAAACAUGCGAUCGGCUAUGUGAUACAAUUCCAGGGCAAAGAAGUUGUUAGAAGAUACUCAGAAUUUGAUACACUUCGCCAAGCAUUGAUAAGACUGUUGCCAACCGUAAUCAUUCCACCAAUACCAUCUAAGCAUCCUCUCAUCAAAUAUUUUUUGAAUCCAUUGGCUGCGGAAAACGACUCAAAGAUAAUUGACAAGAGAAAAAGAAUGUUGACAUCAUUUCUGAACAAUUGCUACGCUGUAGAAGAGAUAAGAAAUCAGGUAGUUUUUACAAAGUUCCUGAACCCUGAGUACUCAUGGCCAAAUGUAUUAAAAUCUCCGCCAAUAGCUAUUUUACCGGUAAACAAUUUGUUGGCACCACCGUUAAAUCCUACAAAACCAAGCCCGCUACAUUUACUGCUUCCAGUUACAAAGUCGUUAUCGAGACUUGAUCCGCUUGCACAUAAUGGCAGUACGUUGGAAUUGGAAAAACAAUUUGCGCACCUGGAAGCCCGGUUAAAGAAAUUCAGGUUGCAUUUAGAUCCUUCGCAUAAAAUAAUCAAACAACAUAGAUUGCAUUUUCAUAAUUUGGGAUCACUGUUUGCUGAGUUAGGCGCUUAUUACAAUGCAUUCAGCUUACAGGCCAAUGUAAUAUCUAAUGAAGACACUGUCAAAGCGAUCAAAAUGUUGUCAAAUGCCAUUGAAAAAAUAGGCCAUGGAUUUGAUGUCAACUACGUCUGUUCAGAAAUUUUGAUAGAAAACCUUUUGAAUUCCCUAGAGGAACCAAUUGGGGAAAUCUUACACUUUUUGGAAGAUGCACAAAGAGUGAUAACGUUUAGGAAGCUGAAAAGAUUGCAGUUUCAGAUCAUCGAACAAACCAUUCAAAAAAGAGAACUAAGAAUCAAGAAUUUAAAGGAGGCACAAUUUCAAAUGAAAAGACUACAAGAGGCAUUACAAAGGAACGCUCAGGAAUCUCCUACCAUAGCAGAGGCUAUAAAACAUAUAGAGAAAAAGAUGAGCUUAAGUCCGACAGAUGACGUACCAAAGCAACUACAGGAAUCGGAGCUGCGUCCGCAAGAAGAACAACCGCGAAUAGAAGAAAUUAGUGGCGAGGCACCUCCUGACAGAGACCAGAUUUCAAUUUCAAACAGAAGAACUACUACCCGCAAGAAAAAUAGACGAUCGGGUGAACUGGAACCACAUCUGUUAACAGAGCAUGAAAGACAACAAGAAAUUCAAAAACUUUUUAAAGAGAUUGAAAAAUUGAAUGAAUGCUUCAAAUUAAUUAAUAAAGACAUGGAAGAUGUCAACAAAUCUACUUUGCAGACUUUGAGAAUGUUAGAAGAUUAUAUCAACAGGAAAAUGGGCAUCAUGAUAAAAAGUUUUACAAAAUUCGUAAUAAACUGGUUGACAGAGUGUUUGAAAGCCUGGAAAAAUGCUAGGUUGAUCGUAAACAACAUCGAAACGUAA